AUGGAUUUGCAAGGAACUCCCAUCGGAAACUCUACUGGUGGCACCAAGGCGAUUACGAAGGUCACCAGCGACCCAGCCAGCAACAUCUCCAUCCAAGAAGGCCCCGGCCCCGUCCCCAACGACUCUCUCGCCGGCGAAUCCGUCCGACAAGGCGGCGCAUUCCGCCAAAACCCCAACAGCGAACCCCUGGGUGUAUCAGGCUCCAAGGCCACCUUCAACAACACCAACACUUCCGGCGCAACUACCCUCCCUUCUGCCCCUCAGGCCGGUGCCCGCGACUCAGAUCGCAAGGAGCGAUAUCCAGAUGCUCUCGGUGGACAGGGGAAUUAUCCAGGAACUCACCUUCCGGAAUCCGGAUAUGCAGGUGGUUCAACACAAGCCAAGCGCGAUAUGGGCAUUGGCGGCCAUCAACAUCAAUACAACACGACUGAACAUGCUCAAGCCGGCGGUAGUGGUAGUCAAUCCAACGCCGGCACUGCACCAUCCUAUGUAACCCCCGUCGUCCAGAACGUGGGCAACACAAAACCACACGGCACAAACAUCAAAGAAGGUGGAUUCGAUAGCGAUCCCAAGAAGAACGCCAGCUUCAACUCGGAUAUUGGCACUAAUAACGAUCCUGGUCGUCUUGCUGAGCAGAAAUUUCAGAAAUAUACGGCCGAGAGUGGUGCGAAUGCUGCUUACACGAAUCCGACUGUGGAUGCUAAUCAGCCGUAUGGAGUGCUGGGAUCUGACCAGCGUAUUUAA